GCGGGGCCGGCUCUGGGCUGAGCCAGUCGCGGUGCCGUGGGGGGGGGGCGGAGGCUCCGUGGAAAUGUGUCGGUGACAUUGAAUGGGGAGACCGAGCGCGAGCGAGGCGCGCGCGCGCACACACGCGCACACACGGCCCCGCUCGCUCCGAGAUCCCCGGCCACGUAAGUAACUAUUAAUACCGCCUCGCCGGGAGAUGCGGGCGUGCUGAGCUCGGGGAUUGGCCUCGGGCACCGUCGGCCAUCCCCUUCAAUUUUAAAUACACAUUCCUCUUACCUCUGGAGGGAGGGGAAGAAAAAAAUAAAAGAAGAAGAAGAAAAGCCGUCAAUUUUCUCCAAAACAAACCCCGCCAGGCAAUUUGGGUUUAGGGUAGGGAGAGACGGAGUGGUUGCAAAUAUUCCAAGGCAAGAUCCAGUUAUCCAGCUGGGAAGAAACGCCGCGGGUUGGCUGGGCUCGGGGCGCAUCUCCUUCCAGCGCCCGGAGGACCCCCGGAAGCUUGUGCCAGGGAAAUCGGAGACCACUGAUCUGCCCUCGUCCCUGCCCGCGCUUCUCGCUUUAUUCGGAGGACGAUCUGGAGUGCGAGCGAGCGGCGACAGCAUGAGCCUGUGCUGACCUCCGCCUGGCGGGCCAAGCCCUGGGCUUUGUCGCGGUACCUGCGCCCUGCCCGCGCCGCAACUCUGUGCCUAGCUUUUGCAAUCUUUUGUUGGCAGCGCUGACCGCUCUAAGUUAAAUGCUCCCUUGCUAUUUUUUUUGUCUGUUUGUUUAAAUUUUGGAGAGCUCUUGAGAUCUUGGAAAAGCCUCAGACGCCAUCUACAGUUAAAACGUAGGUAACUACCCUUUUCGGCACCCCCCCCUUCCACGCCCCCCACCCUUUCCACCAAAAAAGGGGGUGCAGCGCGGAUUCUGUCUGCCGUGCGGCGCGAGCCGGUAGACCCGUGCUUAUUUCCUUUUUCUUUUUGUUUGGUUUCUAACGCGCUGAGACCAAGCCGCCGCCGUGCGCUCCCCGAAGAUUGCACAAACUACAGCAGGGCUCCACCGCCCCGUCUGCGAUUCGGCAGCCUGCGUGGGGAUCGCUUCAGGAGACCGGGCGCUGCAGCUCCCCACCUUAGCAAUCCGGUUACUCGUCUAGAUCCAGAUUGGAAAAAGAGAGAGAGAGAGAGAGAGAAACUAAAAGUGCGGAGAUUCUGCAAAUCGCUGGCGGCUUUGGGGUAACAAAAGGACCUGAGCUGCUGCCGACCGAGUACCCCCGGGAACUGGGCUCGGAGCAGACAAGGUGCCCGGCGGCGCCCAUUUGGGGGCUUCUAACUCUUUCCACGUAGCCCCUUUCCCGUCCCCUCCCCUCUCGUUCCCUUUUAAAAUCCGUGGCACGGAGGCGCCUGCAGCCGCACUCGCCAGCGACUCAUCUCUCCACCGGGUUUUUUGUUUGUCGAGUGCGACCCCCACACUCAUGAACAUACACAGGUCUACCCCCAUCACAAUAGCAAGAUAUGGGAGAUCGCGGAACAAAACCCAGGAUUUCGAAGAGUUGUCGUCUAUAAGGUCUGCCGAGCCCAGCCAGAGUUUCAGCCCGAACCUCGGCUCUCCGAGCCCGCCCGAGACUCCGAACUUGUCGCAUUGCGUUUCUUGCAUCGGGAAAUACUUAUUGUUGGAACCUCUGGAGGGAGACCACGUUUUUCGUGCCGUGCAUCUGCACAGUGGAGAGGAGCUGGUGUGCAAGGUGUUUGAUAUCAGCUGCUACCAAGAGUCCCUGGCCCCGUGCUUCUGCCUGUCUGCCCACAGCAACAUCAACCAAAUCACCGAAAUUAUCCUGGGGGAGACCAAAGCCUAUGUGUUCUUUGAGCGAAGCUAUGGGGACAUGCAUUCCUUCGUCCGCACCUGCAAGAAGCUGAGGGAGGAGGAGGCAGCCAGACUGUUCUACCAGAUCGCCUCGGCAGUGGCCCACUGCCACGACGGGGGGCUGGUGCUGCGGGACCUCAAGCUGCGGAAGUUCAUCUUUAAGGACGAGGAAAGGACUCGGGUCAAGCUGGAAAGCCUGGAAGAUGCCUACAUUCUGCGGGGAGACGAUGACUCCCUCUCCGACAAGCACGGCUGCCCGGCGUACGUGAGCCCGGAGAUCUUGAACACCAGUGGCAGCUACUCAGGCAAAGCAGCCGACGUGUGGAGCCUGGGAGUGAUGCUGUACACCAUGUUGGUAGGGCGGUACCCUUUCCAUGACAUUGAGCCCAGUUCCCUCUUCAGCAAGAUCCGGCGUGGCCAGUUCAACAUUCCAGAGACUCUGUCACCCAAGGCCAAGUGCCUCAUCCGAAGCAUCCUGCGGCGGGAGCCCUCAGAGCGGCUGACCUCGCAGGAAAUUCUGGACCAUCCUUGGUUUUCUACGGAUUUUAGCGUCUCGAAUUCAGGAUAUGGUGCUAAGGAAGUGUCUGAUCAGCUGGUGCCGGAUGUCAACAUGGAAGAGAACUUGGACCCUUUCUUUAACUGAGCUCACGCCCCACAGAGACUUAGCAGGUACCAGGAGCGAGAGAGGGCAGUGCAAGGGACUUCUUCCAGGGAACACGUAUCGCCUGACUUGGUAGCAAGAAAGACACUGACACUCACAAGUUUCUUGGUUCACAGAAGGAAAACCUUCAAGGAGCUGACUGAACAUGUAGCAUGGGGGCAAGAGAUGUGGGAUGGGGGUCGGGCUCUGGGGUCAGGUCAGAUGACCAGGAGCCCCCUGGAGCUUCUCUUCCCUGACGAAGGCCCCGGGGACCACCCCUGUCAGUCGGGCCACUUCCACCUACCCCACUUUUCAUUUUGUUCAAAAAAUAGUCGUAGAUCCUGACAGAAUCAAAACUCUCUGCCUCAAACACACAUCUUGGCAUCGCACUGUUAGCAUUUAACUUCUUGUCAUGAUUCAGGGAAGGUACAAUUGGCCAAGGAUAUUUUUUUUUUCUUCUUUUUAAACAAGCCAACCACCUAGCUGAUAAUUAAUGGGAUUCACUUAAAAAAAUUCGGUGCACACAGACUGACCUGAAACCUGGGUGCUAAACUAAAAGCAAACAAAAGUCUAGUUUGUGUCUCUUAAUCACACUCUUCAACUCAUUUCUUCUGAAUAAACUCUUUAAUCUCCUGGUCAGGAAAUGACAUGUUAAUGCUUUGCUCCCUGAAGGGGAAAAAAAUCUGUCCUUUAACAAGCUAUUCUGUUUUGUGUCAAUUGGUUUGUGGCAGGAAGCUAUUAGAAGUCAGACUUCCAGAUGCGUUACUGCUAUCGUAGUUUAAAGAAAAAAGAAAGAGGAAGAAGAAAGGAAAGGAGAAAUUCAACUCCUUGAUUUUUUUCUUUUGAAUGGUGAAGGUACGUUCCUGACGUUGGUCUUAGAGAGCUGAUAGCAAUGGUGUGAGAUAGCAGGAAGCUCUGGGAGUCUGAAGCUUUGCAACACUCUGAUCUCAACUCAACAUUUUGUCUUUGUUUUAUCGGAAACUAGUGAAACAAAGCAGGUUGUCCCACGUGUGUAACAUACAGGGCAGCUAUUUCGUUUUCUUUACGAAGAAUGGUCCUUUUGACUUGGAAGGCCCUCUGGUUUGGACAAAAACCCUCAGUAGAGACAAGUGGGAAGGAAAAUAAGCUGAAAGCUAGGAUGAUAUAAAUAAAAACAGCUCUCUAUCCCAAUAUGCACCUUUGUAUUUUCAAGAAUCUUCUAUUUAUUAAGGAAAAUGUCACAUUGUGAUGUAUUAAGCCAGUACUUCAAUUACGGGUUGACUUGGGAUGACAUGUUACAUGCUGUAGUUAACAUUUAUAUAUUUUUUUCUUGUUUGAGUAUCUCUGUCCCUGAAAUAACCUUUUCUUUGGCUUUUCUAGAUAGCUUUAUUUGAUUUCGAGUGGCAAGUGUUUUUUAUUACGGCUUUUCUAUUGCUGUAUGAUACAGAACUCUUUUGGCAUAAAUAUUUGUGUUUCCAGUACCUCAGUUGUUUGGAUUUACUGCCUGUAUACGUUUUGUGAAAUGGUCCUGUUUCUGGGUAGGUCACGCGUGGAUGCUAGUGUGUAAAUGUUACUUGAAUCUGUGCUUCAUUAGUCUGUGGCAUGUAUGUGCAGACCUUGGAUGCUCUACGCCUGCUCGGCAGGAGCACGGCCUUCACCUUCCCAGGAGGGCGGCCUGACCGUUCAUAGUCAGGAGACAAGGCGGCCACGGAUGUGCCCUUGAUUCUAUUUUGAUAACGGAAGAUAGAAAGGAGAGAGGUUUUUUUACAUUCUGAAGACGGUGCUGCGUCAAGAAGGACCCGUUUUUCUUCCCUCUCCCCUAUUUUUUAAGUACCCUGCAGGAGGAAAGAUGGAUGACAUGCAUGGUGGGAAUCUGUGGCCUCUGGUGCUUUGUCCUGUAUUUGGUUUAAUGUUUUUGUCCUAAUCUCUUCAAUCAAUAAAAUUGUGCGUAUUUAACUAAAA